AAAUGGAGCUCAAGGCCAUGAGCAGAUACACCAGCCCCGUGAACCCAGCCGCCUUCCCCCAUCUGACCGUGGUGCUGUUGGCCAUUGGCAUGUUCUUCACCGCCUGGUUCUUCGUCUGUGAGGUCACGUCCACCAAGUACACUCGGGACAUCUACCAGGAGCUCCUCAUCUCCUUGGUGGCCUCGCUGUUCAUGGGCUUUGGGGUCCUCUUUCUGCUGCUCUGGGUUGGCAUCUAUGUAUGAGCUCCCACAGGCUCCAACCAGG